ACUCCUGACUCACCGCCUCUAGACCCCAAAAACUCCGGACUCGAAGCCCCAGGAUCCCGGACCGGUCCCGCGGAGCUCGCGCCCGGACAGCCGCCACGAUGCCUGGCCCUUGGUUGCUGCUCGCCACGGCUUUGACCCUGACCCUGACCGGUGUCCCCGGAGGCCGCGCACAGCCCGAGGAGGAUCCGCAGGAUGCUGGGUUCGCUGCACAGUACCCGGCCCUCAUGGACCCCCUGCGCCUUCUCCAGCAGCUGCGAGUAGAGCGGGGAAAUCGCGAAUCAGAGUCCCAGAACUUUCAGUACGAUGGGCUCUCUAAGCGUCAGCAUCCAGGCAGAAGGGAGGAGGAGGCAGAAGAGGGAGUUGAAGAGGAGGAAGAAGAAGGAGGGGCUGUGGGCCCCCACAAAAGGCAGCAUCCAGGCCUGUGGGAGAAUGCAGCUACUCGGCCGGUGGAUGUGGCCCCCCAGAAGCGGCAGCACCCUGGCCGGCGCUCCUUCUGGCUGGGGCAUACUUUCACCAAGAGGCAGCACCCUGGCAGACGGCUGGUGGACCCCAAGGCCAAAAGGAGCUGGGGAGAGGAGGAGGAGGAAGGGGAGGAAGGGGAGAGAGAGCUGAUGCUUGAGAAACGCCAGCAUCCGGGCAAGAGAUUCUUGGGAGGCCGGUGUGGGCCCCAGGGAGACUGUGGUCAAGCCAGCCUCCUGCUGGGGCUCCUGGAUGACCUGAGCAGGGGCCAGAAGUCUGAGGAGAAGCGGCAGCACCCUGGACGGCGGGCGACCUGGGCCAGGAAGCCCCUGGAGGAGUGAGCCCAUUUUCCUGUGACGUCGAGUUUGGGGUCUAAGAAUAUCUUCAGUCCUAUCCUUCUGUGACCCCUCUUUCCCUUACCCUUAGAUCCCUAAUCAUAAACCUGAGCCCCCCUUAUGCACAUAUCCAAACCCCUGGCCUUGCUUGACCCCCCUCCUUCAGGGACAUGAAAAGGCCAUCCCAUAAGCUAAAACCCCAUAUUACUUCAUUUCGUAUCGCAGGCAAGGGGGCAGAUCCCAGAGAUCCUCGCCUACCCUGCAGGCCACCUCCCCUGCCUUAGUCCUGGCUAAGAUGACCCUUCUGUGUCUUCUAAGGUAUUCCCAGAGAGGGGCAGAGUGCCUCUGGGGCAAACAGCCAGUGAGGGUGGGGUGCAAUUGAAGUGGUGAUGUCCAAACCUAGCUUCCAUCCCCCACCCUGUGUGUCAGGAGUCACCACAUGUAAACGUUGCCCCCAGAAUCCAGGGUCUCCUUCCCUUCUUGGUUUUCUUGGAUGGUUUUUUUGUUUGUUUGUUUGUAAGGGGGGGGGGGUGGUAGCACCUGACCCACAGCUGUGUUCUGCUUGGGGGAAGCAUUUUAGGUGGAGAUCCCUGUGGUGCUGUGUUGUGUGGUAGCUGCAGAGUGAAUGUGUGUGGGAAUAUGUAAACAUUGCCCUGGAAGUUGUGGGAUAAACAUGUAUGUGGGAAUAUGUAAAUAUCAUCCUGGAUGUUACGGCUUGUAUAUAACCUGCUGGAUACCUUCUUCUUGUCAAUGAUAAUCCUCCUAAUGAUAAUUAAACACAU